AUGACGAUUUCCUACAGCGGAAACGUCGUUCGCUUGCUAUUACGGUGGAAAGGAUCUAUUUGGAGAACCGUCUGGAGAGAGCUACUUAUAUACCUGUUGUUCUUCUAUUCUAUCCGCGUAUUCUACUUGAAAGGGAUUGAUUUGAUUGAUGACGACGAUGAUGAUAGAUUGAAAAUUAGAAGAAUGUUCGAAACAUUCUGUCGGCAAUGCGAUUCAUAUACUCGUCUCAUUCCACUGACUUUCCUUCUCGGAUUCUACGUCUCAAAUGUUGUCGCUCGUUGGUGGCGUCAAUUCGAAACUUUGUAUUGGCCUGAAGAUAUUCUCUCUGUUCUUUGUACUGUUCUCCAUCAACAUGACGAUAAGAGCAGGAGAAGAAGACAUACAAUCGCCAGAUAUUUGAACCUUUCUAAUGCACUCGCUUGGCGAGAUAUCUCUUCUAAAAUUCGUCUUCGUUUCCCUUCUGUACACAGUUUGAUAGAAGGUGGACUUCUUACUGAGAAAGAAUACCAAAUUCUUGAAGCUAUGCAUAAUGAAAACGAAGCGAGUCGUUGGAUGACUCCAAUUCAUUGGGUUCAGCAGAUCAUGAGACAAGUGGAGGAAGAAACAAAACCAACUGCUUCUCUACUCAAUCAAUUUGUAGCAGAACUUCGAAUUUUCCGUCAAUCUCUCCGUAAAUUGUACUCAUACGAUUGGGUGUGUGUUCCACUUGUAUACACUCAAGUAGCUGCUCUUGCCACAUAUUCAUUCUUCUUUUUCUCACUUUUUGGUCGUCAGCCACUACUUCCAGAAAUUGAAUCAGGAAAAGAAAUUGACUUGAAAGUUCCCAUUUUCACGAUAGUCCAGUUUCUGUUCUUCGUCGGCUGGUUUAAGGUUGGCCAAGAUCUGAUGAGACCUUUCGGAUUGGACGACGAUGAUAUCGAGCUGAAUUAUAUAUUGGAUCGCAAUGUUCGCAUUUCAUUUGCCAUUGUUAACCAGUUGCAGGAAUCACCAAUGCCAGACUUCGAGAACGACGACGACAAAAUGUGGGAAGAAAUGCACCCACCAACAAAAGACGGAGAAACUUCACCUGGUGUGAGAAUGCCACAACUGCCACAUUCGAAGUACUCAAGCCAAUUAUCUGAACAUCCUCCACGUCUUCAUGCCUACGUUCCUAUAGACGAUGAUAGAAGUAUCAAAGAUAUGGAAAGUCAUCAUGGAUGUAUUGCUCUCAAAAAAGACAAGAAACACUUGAGUUGGUAG